AUGUGUUGGUCUGUAUCGGUUGAUUUUGGUAUUGUUCAUGGUUUGCUAUGGUGGGCCCUUAUUGGGGAGAGAGGAUUUGAGCUGUUUAUCUUCUUGUUGUGGUGGUUAUCACGUGAGAAGAAUUUCAGUUUAUUGAGGAUUGAAGGAAUGGAUCUAUGGUCAGUUUUAUGGAAAGGAACCCAGAUCUAUCGUUUGGGUGGAAUAAGGCUAAUGGAUGGAUUUUCGAUUGUGGUAAGUUAUGAGGAUUUCAACGAGAUGGGAAUCUUUACGCUCUCAUUGUAUGGAGUCUGUCCACAGGAAGAUGAGAUUUUCUCUCAAAUGGUUUUACGGAGAUUAGAUUUGGUCUGA